GGGUUUUCAGAACCCUUAACCACCACCAACAACAACACUGGUGAGAAUUUCACGUGUUGGAGAAAAUAGCUUCCUGAAGAAGAUAAGGAUAAAAUAUCAGCAUGAAGUGUAAACGUUUAGUGGUUGAUACAGCAGCGUUUGUGAAGAAUGUUCCACUCUGGGAGUAUGGAGAGGAGCUGUAUAGCUUGCCAGAGGUUAUUGAGGAGAUACGUGAUAAGCAGACACGACAGCGUUUAGAAGCCAUGCCUGUUGCUAUCAAAAUGAGACAGCCUCAGGCACAUUCAGUGAGGUUUGUUAAUGAAUUUUCCAAGAAGACAGGGGAUUAUGCUAGCUUGUCAUUAGCAGAUAUUAAAGUUUUAGCUCUCACAUACGAACUGGAAGUUGAAGUCCAAGGAGGCUCUGAACACCUUUGUUCAGAACCACAGAGGAUCAUCACUGAAGGAGCUGCUAAGAAGACUAGCAAAUCUAGUGUAAAGUUGGCUGAAGGGUUUUAUCAUCCUGCUGCACAGCGCGAAGAAAAUAUAGCCAUCUCUACCAGCAACUCGCUUCCAUGGUCUUUGUCAUCAGAUGCUGCCGACUCUGAAUGCAAUCAGUUAGAAUCAUCUUUGCCCAACUCUGCUUCGGGAGCUCUCCAAAGACAUAUCCGUAGAUGGCAUUUGAUGCUAAUGAAUAAUUUCCUGGAGGAAUACAGCUACAUUAGUGGUCACAUUCUCACAGGCAGUGACUUUUUAUUGUACUCCACCUUUGAGGAGGAAUACCUUCAGUUUUGUCCACUUAAAACUCAUCCUGAUUUAAACAUUUGUGAAGGCUCAGAUAUACAGUCUGAAAAUAAUGUAAGCCCUCUUUACUCCACCUUUUUCCAUUUAAAAAGGUGGGCAUCACAUAUUAUGUCAUUCAGCAAGGAAGAAAGAAAGUUAUAUCCUCACUCCACUCAGUCUGUGGAGGAGCUGCUUCAAAACUUUGAGAAGAGGGGACGGCAAAGGGAUGAGAAAGAAUCUCUAUACUCAGUCCAGAAAGAUGAGGAAGGAACUGCACAGUCAAAACAGAAAGAUGAAAGAUCUACACAAUCAGAACAGAAAGAUGAGGAAGGAACUACACAGUCAGAAGAGAAAGAUAAGGAAGGAACUACACAGUCAGAAGAGAAAGAUAAGGAAGGAACUGCACAGUCAGAAGAGAAAGAUGAGAAAGGAUCUACAUUUUCAGUCCAGAAAGAUGAAGGUUCUAGAUGGUCAGUCCAGAAGGAUGACAGUUUGUUACCGUCAGACUUGAAGGACAUAAAGAUGUUUUCACAGUUAGAUCAGAAGGCUGAUGAAGAGUUUUCUGGGUUAGAUCCAUUAGAGCCCACACCUGUGGAUCUAAGCUCUCUUUCUCUCCUGGAACACACUGUAGCAGAGAACUGCAGUGAGGAUGAGAACAAUGAAGAGGAACUAGUAGGCAGUCAUCUUGCAGAAGAAGGGGAAGAUCAAGAGGAGCAUGAGGAAGAUAAUGACAACUUGGAUGAUGGAAGUGAUGAUGAAGGAUGGAUAACACCCUCUAACAUAAAGAAACAUAAAAUUAAGAACAGUGAUUUUGUAAAUGCAGAUGAGCUACAGGAUGAUGUACAAGUGGCAUGCAUCACUGCAGAUUUUGCUGUACAGAAUGUAUUGAAGCACAUUGGUUUACCAAUAAUAGGUGUGGAUGGUAAAUUUAUAAGGCACCUGAGAACAUACAUCCUGAGGUGUUAUGCCUGCUUUAGAACCACAUCUGUGAUGACAAAGAUAUUCUGCCCUCAUUGUGGCAAUAAAACACUGAAGAAGGUGUCAGUGACAGUGAACCCAGACGGUACACAGAAAAUCUGGAUCAAUACUAAGAGGCCUAUAAACAUAAAAGGAACAAAGUAUUCAUUACCAACUCCUAAGGGUGGUAAACAUGGAAGGAACCCCAUACUAGUAGAAGAUCAACGAGAAGCUAAAAGGUUUUCUAGUAAGAUGAGCUGGAAUAAGAUUAAUCCUUUACAUGAAGAUUAUAAUCCAGACCAAAUGCCAUUUGCGGUACGUGAUGUGUACUCCCGUGCUGCUCAGUUGGGUUAUAUUGCUGGCAAGAACCAUCACCAUUACUACUGGGAGAGGAAGAACCCCAAUCAGCCAAUGAGAAGAACUGGGAAAAAGAAAGGAAAAUAAUGAAUAAAAUUAACUGUCGA